CCUUCAUAUAUAAACAAUCUCGUUCAACAGCAAUCCUUUCUGUGUCGAAGAAAGAAAGAAAGAUCCACAAAAGGAGAGUAACGAGAGAGAGAGAGAGAUGAUUCCUCUUCCGCCGCCGGGCGCGAGUUCUUGCUUCCCCAGCGCGGCGGCUCAAGGGCUUCAGAUGUACGGCGCGGCCGCCGGCCACCACGAGGACAUUGGCGUCGUGGCCAACUCCUCCAUGGACGACGACAACAACCCGGCUGCUGCGUCGACCUCGGCUGCGGAUGCGCACUCCAACUCUCUCCUUUACAGCCUCUCGCUCCUCAAAGAGAAGGUCCACCAAGUCCAGUCCCUCAUCUCCGUCCUCGUGUCUCCCCCGCAGAUUGCCGGCCAAUCGGCUGCCACGGCCUCGAUGGCCAUGGCGAGCAUGGUCACUACAAUCCAAGAGCUCAUCGUCGCCGCCUCUUCCAUGAUGUACGCUUGCCAACAGAUGAGCAACGCCUCCGCUUCUUCGGCAGACAACGCGACCGCCCAUCAAGAACUGAUUCAGCAGCAGCAGCAGCAACACCGAGUCAAACCCGUCGACCACCACGGAGGGCUAUUGUCCCAUCACCACUCUCAGCCCACCGGUAUUUAUGCUUCUGAUCAAACCUUUGACUGGUUCACUGAUAAUAGCUACGUCAGCUCGCCUGCUGUGGGAAAUCACAAUAGCGGUAACAGCAAUAGUAACAAUAGUUCCAGGGUUGGUCAAAACCGGAGGGAUCAAGAACUGCCUCGACCGUGCGUCGGUCAACGCGGUCAUAACGAAGGCUCGUCGCGAGGGACUUCUCUGAAGAGCGGCAGUGGCAAUUUCGACAUCAUCGAGGUCGAUGCCUCGGAGCUUUUGGCCAAGUACACUCACUACUGCCAAAUCUGCGGGAAAGGGUUCAAGCGGGACGCGAACCUGAGGAUGCACAUGAGGGCUCACGGCGACGAGUACAAGACCAGCUCUGCUCUUAGCAACCCUUUAAAGAACAGCAGCGGGAACAGCAGCUCGAGUGGUGCCGCCGAUGACAAGGAGUGUCUGACAAAAACGCCGAGGAAGUACUCGUGCCCGCACCAGGGUUGCCGGUGGAACCAGAAGCAUGCCAAGUUCCAGCCGCUCAAGUCGAUGAUCUGCGUCAAGAACCACUACAAGCGGAGCCACUGCCCGAAGAUGUACGUGUGCAAGAGGUGCAACCGGAAGCAGUUCUCCGUGCUGUCCGAUCUGAGGACUCACGAGAAGCACUGCGGGGAUCUGAAGUGGCAAUGCUCGUGCGGCACUACCUUCUCUAGGAAAGACAAGCUGAUGGGUCACGUCGCCUUGUUCGUGGGGCACUCGCCCUUGAUCAACUUGACGAAGCCGGGGAAAGCGGAGGGCCAUUCGGCCGUGACACCGACGAUGACGAUAGACGAUAGGGGGUGAAGUAUCCUAGUGGGAAGAGUUUCGCUUGCAUGGGCUGAUCCGACAUGCUUUGCUGUCUUGCGAUACGUUCACGGAACGUGUAUAUAUUCUUGUGAACUGGUGAAUCUGAUCCGACUGUAGCCAAGGUCGCUCCAGGUUCGAUGGAAUCCUAGGAUUUUGUGCUGUAAUAACCAUGGAUGCUUUGAACCAGCAGUAUUGAUGUAGAAGAACAGAUAGUAGAUAUGCACAAUCAGUCAAAUUUUAGUUUUUCAUUGGAAAGCGAA